AAGCCUAGUUGAAGAGUACCUUGUUCCAUGCAUCAAAUAAGAAUUAGUUCAACGCCAUGGGAAUGGUUGUUUAAUAAAGAUUUUAAGUUGAUUAUAAUUUUUUCGUAUUACUUUCUAAUAAAUGCAGCAGACUCAUGUGAAUGCUCUGUGCCAAAUCCUCUCAUUCCAGAAGGUUACAAUAAACACUUGACACCUUUAGAGCAAGAAAAGAAACCUACUAUGGUGUACCUUAAUUUAGAUAUAAUGGACAUUGACCAGAUCGAGGAAGAAAAAAUGGAGUAUUCUCUGCAAUUCUAUGUGAAUGAAUAUUGGAGAGAUCUUAGACUCAAUCUGACUUUCUUAGACAAACUCCAGCAAGUGCCUAGCAGUUGGGUCCCGGAUAUCUGGACACCAGAUAUCAUCUUUGAAAACUCGAAAGGUGGAUGGAUAUAUCCUCUAUCCAUUCCAAACAUUGUUGUGCAAGUGCAUUCUCACAGAUAUUUGCACCGCUUCACGAGAUACAACAUGAAAAUCAGUUGUGCCAUGUUUCUCCGGACAUAUCCGAUGGACACACAGAAUUGUUUCCUCAGCAUAUCAUCAUUAGCGAAUGAUAAUACAAAAAUGAUACUGAAAUGGCUGCAUCAAAGAAAAGAAGGAAAUUUAGGAAUAAAAGAUCUAACUUGGUCUAAAAUUCAGCCUUUGAAGUAUUACUUGGCGAAUGUCACACCAGGAUCCCGUUCCUACCACUGGUCUGGUGGUACCUUCACUGCGUUAUAUGCCAACUUCACCUUCGUUCGCCAUCUGAGCAGUCAUAUUUUCAAUGUUUACAUCCCAAGCGGCUUGGUGGUAGUUCUCUCUUUCCUCUCGUUCUGGCUGAAUGUUCGAGCAGUACCAGCGAGAGUGGCACUCGGGUUAACAUCUUUACUAACUCUCUCCACGCAGGCAUCUCAAGCUCGAAACAACUUACCUCCUAUCAACUACCUCACAGCAUUGGACAUCUGGCUCUUCUUUUGUAUCGUUGUCGUGUUCCUGUCUCUCAUAGAGUACGCUACUGUUUAUCACUUGUACGGCCAAAAGGUUCGCAGACAGCGCGAAGAUGUUUCGAUGUCUACAUGGUCGAAAAAAAGAUGCCGUGGUUGCAAAAUUGAUUCAAUGGCUGAAGGCCGUUUCCGAACUUCAGCUAAUAAGAAAAAUUUGCCACAACAGGAAGAACAUGUAGGUGUCGAAUUUGACGAAAACCUGCAAACACUCGACAAAGCCUGUCGAUUCAUAUUUCCCUUUAGCUUUAUUGUAUUUUGCACAUUAUACUGGGUUUGCUAUUUACAUGUAUUGCUUUAAUGUUAUAUGUCAAA